AUGAAGACGCUCGUUUUCAUCGGCACAUUCUUACAGCUGCUGGUCCCCUGCUCGGCAGCCAUCAAACAAUGCUACUACCCUGACGGAAAUCCGUCAGGCGAUUCUCCAUGUGAUGCCAACGCGGAACAAAGUGCGUGCUGCGGUGGAGGACUUGGAGCUGCCUGCCUCUCCAACAAGCUGUGCCAAUCGAACGAUGGGCAUAUUAUUCGGGGUUCUUGUAGCGACAAGAACUGGUCCUCUCCUGAGUGCGCCGACUACUGCCUAAAUGCGGACACUGGAGGAACCGAUCUAAUAUCCUGCUCCAACGUCACCAACACCGACACGGCGUACUGCUGUGAUCAUUCAAACGGUUGCUGCAAUACCGGCGCCGGCCGAUUUAACGUUUUGCCACAUAACCCACAAGUAUGGGCGACAUGGGAUAAUGAAGCGGCCACAUACAAGGUUGUCGGUACGCUGUUCACUGGCACUCCAUCAACUACAUCGAGAGCACCCACGAAAGCAACAUCUACAACUACAACUAGAACAACAUCAAGCGCUGCCCCGAAAAGCUCAAGCCCGAGCCAGAGCAACCAAUCUUCCGGUCUGUCCAACGGAGCAAAAGCCGGCAUCGGUGUCGGUGUCGCAGUUGGAGCAAUACUCAUUGGUGUGAUUGCAUUCUUGGUUUGGAAACUUCGUCAGAGGAAAGCAUCUGCCGGCAUUGCGGCUCAGACACCGGUGCAAGAACUUGAUAACCAGGGAAAAACAAUGGCUGAGUUGGAUGCUCGAGGGAAGCUGAAUCAAGAGCUUCGACCCCCCGCAGAGUUAUCAGGGUGA